AUGGCGUGUUAUCAAAAGUGUCAAGAAAUAUGUGAAAAGCACGUGUAUUUCUCGGCGUUUUUAGCAUGUUUUUCCUUUUUUAAUCUUUUUCUGCGGAAUUAUCUCUUGUAGUGCUCGUGUUUGCAUACAUUGCAGUGUGUUUUGCAAGUGCGCAUGUGCAGUUGACCGGGAAUUUUGGCGGAAUCGUAGCAAGACGAGUCAGCGAAGUCACAUAACCUGAGUGAAAUCGCGGUCGCGGUCGUCGUGCCAUUUGCUAAAAAAAACUAUUUUCCGGUGAGGCUGACAUUUUGAACAGGACAAUUUUAAAGUGGUAAGAUGACGGAUAAGGUGGCAGAGUGCAGUUUGGUGCUGCAGGAUGGCACCGUUCUGUACGGAGAGAGCAUCGGGCAUCGCGGCGAUGUGGACGGAGAGGUGGUCUUCACCACGGCCAUGGUGGCGUAUCCGGAGCAGAUAUCUGACCCGUCGUUUGAGGGGCAGAUCCUCGUCUUCACGUACCCACUGAUUGGUAACUACGGCGUUCCCAGUGAGACAGCGAUGGAUGCCUUCGGAUUGCCCAAGCAUUUUGAGUCCAAGUUCCACUGCGCCGGAAUUGUGGUGGCGGAGUAUUGUAAGACUCCAUCGCAUUGGCAGAUGGCCCAGACUUUGGACGCGUGGUUGCGUGAGAAGAAGAUCCCCGGCAUUAGUGGAGUCGACACGCGCAUGCUGACCAAAAAGCUCCGGGAAUCUGGGGUACUCCUGGGUCGCAUAGUUCAGGGCAGAGCGACGUCGUCUGGGCAUUCAUUCUCUGAUCCCAAUGUGACCAAUCUGGUGGAUUUGGUAUCUGUGAAGCAGCCAAAAACCUACAACGAGCGUGGAAGUCCUCGUAUUUGUGCCAUUGAUUGUGGAUUGAAGUACAAUCAGAUUCGAUGCCUGUGCAAGCGUGGUGCUCGUGUUGAUGUCAUUCCAUGGAACCAUCCUAUUAAUCCCAAUGAAUUUGACGGACUGUUUUUGAGCAACGGACCCGGAGAUCCUUCGGUGUGCAGGGAGACAAUUGAGAACAUUCGCAAAUGUCUGAAUAGUGGAAUUGUGAAGCCAAUUUUUGGCAUUUGCCUGGGUCACCAAUUGCUAAGCUCGGCCGUUGGGUGCAAAACUAAGAAGAUGAAGUACGGUAAUCGUGGUGUAAACCUUCCAUGCUUGCAUCACGACACUGGGAAAUGCUACAUGACUUCUCAGAAUCAUGGAUAUGCUGUUGAUGCCGAUACAUUGCCAGAUGAUUGGGAGAUUCUCUUUACCAACGUCAAUGACAAUUCCAACGAGGGAAUUGUCCACAAGAGCUUGCCAUACUUCAGCACACAAUUCCAUCCCGAACACUACGGCGGACCUGAAGAUUUGGAGAUCUUGUUCGAUGUGUUCAUAAAACUUAUCCAGACAAAGGGCAAGACGGCUAAACAGUGCUUGAUUGAAACAUUGGCGUCUGACACGCCACCGAAGCUUGAGCGUCCUACGAAAGUGCUGAUUUUGGGUUCUGGUGGUUUGUCUAUUGGGCAAGCUGGUGAAUUUGAUUACUCAGGAUCACAGGCUAUCAAAGCUCUGCGUGAGGAGAAAAUCCAGACCAUCUUGAUCAAUCCUAACAUUGCUACUGUGCAGACAUCAAAGGGAAUGGCGGAUAAGGUGUUCUUUCUGCCACUCACCGCAGAAUACGUCGAGCAAGUGAUUAAAGCUGAGAGACCUUCAGGCAUUCUCUUGACUUUUGGCGGACAAACAGGGCUGAAUUGUGGUGUUGAGCUGGAGAGGCUUGGCGUGUUGAAGAAGUACAACGUGAAGGUUCUCGGCACUCCAAUCUCUUCCAUUGUUAUGACGGAGGAUCGCAAGAUAUUUGCUGAUCAAAUGGAGUCAAUUGGGGAAAAGGUGGCUCCGUCAGAGAUUGUGUACAGCGUGCAAGAAUGCCUCGAAUCGGCCAAGCGACUGGGUUAUCCUGUAAUGAUAAGAGCUGCUUUCGCUCUGGGCGGUCUUGGUUCUGGAUUUGCCAACAACGAAGAGGAAUUGAGACAAUUAGCUAAUCAAGCCUUGGCUCACUCUAGCCAAUUGAUCAUUGACAAGUCUCUGCGGGGCUGGAAGGAAGUUGAAUACGAAGUGGUGAGAGAUGCCUACGAUAAUUGUAUCACUGUGUGCAACAUGGAGAAUGUGGAUCCGCUGGGAAUUCACACUGGAGAGAGUAUCGUUGUGGCGCCAUGUCAGACGCUGAACAAUCAUGAGUGGAAUAUGCUAAGAACGUGUGCCCUGAAAGCCAUUCGCCAUCUUGGCGUUGUGGGAGAGUGUAACAUCCAAUAUGCUCUGAAUCCUGAAUCUGAUGAAUACUUCAUCAUUGAAGUGAACGCGAGAUUGUCCAGGAGUUCAGCUCUGGCUAGCAAGGCUACUGGUUAUCCACUAGCGUAUGUGGCGGCUAAACUGGGUCUGGGAAUACCACUGCCUGAGCUGAGGAAUUCCGUAACAGGAGUUACUACAGCAUGUUUUGAACCCAGUCUGGAUUAUCUAGUGGUGAAGGCACCGCGAUGGGAUUUGGCAAAGUUUGCGAGGGUAAGCAAAAAAAUUGGCAGCAGCAUGAAGAGUGUGGGUGAAGUGAUGGCUAUUGGGCGAAACUUUGAGGAGGCCUUUCAGAAAGCCUUGAGAAUGGUCGAUGACUCAGUGCCGGGCUUUGAUCCCUAUCUUAAGCCAGUGAAUGAUGAGGAAUUGAUGCAGCCAACUGAUAAGAGAAUGUAUGUUCUGGCGGCGGCUCUCAAAGCGGGCUACUCAGUGGAGAAAUUGUACGAGUUGACGAAAAUUGAUCCGUUCUUCUUAUCGAAAAUGAAGAAGAUUAUAGACUGUACCACUCAUUUGGAGUCCCUCACGAGUGAUCGUCUGAAAGCGAAGACACUCUAUGAUGUGAAAUGCAUUGGAUUUUCUGAUAAUCAAAUCGCUAAGGCGAUUAAGAGCACGGAAUUGGCAGUGAGACAGAUGAGGGAAGAGAUGAAGGUGUCGCCGAUCGUGAAGCAAAUUGAUACAGUGGCUGGAGAGUGGCCGGCUGCGACCAACUAUCUCUACAUGACAUACAGUGGCAUUGAGAAUGAUCUUCAAUUUCCCGGAGGAUUUACAAUUGUUGUGGGAUCUGGAGUAUAUCGCAUUGGCAGUUCUGUGGAGUUUGAUUGGUGUGCAGUGAAUUGUCUCAUGGAGUUGCGAAAGAUGAAUGUGAAGACAAUCAUGAUUAACUACAAUCCCGAAACUGUGAGCACAGACUACGAUAUGUGUGAUCGACUGUACUUUGAAGAGAUCUCUUUUGAGGUCGUGAUGAACAUCUACAAACUGGAGAAUGCUGAUGGCAUUAUUCUGUGCGUUGGUGGACAAUUGCCCAAUAACAUUGCCAUGGAUUUGCAUUUGGCUCACGCUAAAGUCAUGGGAACAUCACCUGAAGCUGUGGAUCGUGCGGAGAAUCGCUUUAAAUUCUCAAGAUUGCUGGAUACAAAAGGAAUUUUACAGCCACGCUGGAAGGAGUUAACAGAUCAUGAAGCGGCAUUUGCUUUCUGCGAGGAAGUUGGCUAUCCUUGCCUCGUGAGACCAUCUUAUGUGUUGUCCGGAGCUGCCAUGAAUGUUGCCUAUUCCAAUGCUGAUCUGGAAGCUUAUCUGAAUGCCGCUUCGGAGGUGAGCAAAGAUCAUCCAGUGGUGAUCUCCAAGUUUAUUCAAGAGGCAAAGGAGAUUGAUGUGGACGCUGUUGCUCGCGAAGGAGAAAUUCUGUGUCUGGCUGUUUCUGAACAUGUAGAAAAUGCUGGUGUCCAUUCUGGAGAUGCAACACUUGUCACACCACCCCAAGAUAUAAAUGAUGAAACUCUGGCUAAGAUUAAGGAGAUCGCAAAAGCCGUGGCAUCACUGUUGGACGUGUCAGGGCCCAUGAAUAUGCAAUUGAUAGCAAAGGACAACGAAUUGAAGGUGAUUGAGUGCAAUGUUCGUGUAUCUCGAUCAUUUCCCUUUGUGUCGAAGACUCUAAAUCACAAUUUUAUUGCCACUGCCACGAGAGUGAUCAUGGGGGUGCCUGUGGAGCCUGUGGAUGUGCUGAAAGGAUGCGGAAAAGUGGGUGUGAAAGUGCCACAAUUCAGUUUUGCACGACUUUCUGAAGCUGAUGUGAUGUUGGGCGUGGAGAUGGCAUCAACUGGGGAAGUGGGAUGCUUUGGCGAUAAUCGAUAUGAGGCCUAUUUGAAGGGAAUGCUCUCUACAGGUUUUCAGAUACCGAAAAAAGCCAUUCUCCUCAGUGUUGGAAGCUACAAACAUAAAAUGGAAUUAAUUCCUUCUGUGAGGACUCUCUCGAAGAUGGGCUAUAAAUUGUAUGCUUCAAUGGGAACGGCGGACUUUUAUGCAGAGCAGGGUGUACAGAUUGAACCCGUGCAGUGGACUUUUGACUCGAUCACGACAGAGACGGAAGAGAAAGCUGGAGAAUUGAAGGAUUUGUCACAAUUCUUAGCCAGCGGACAGUUUGAUUUGGUGAUCAACUUACCAAUGAGUGGCGGUGGAGCGCGUCGUGUGUCCUCUUUCAUGACGCAGGGAUACAGAACGCGUCGUUUGGCUGUAGAUCACUCAAUUCCGCUGGUGACCGAUGUAAAAUGUACCAAAAUGCUAGUGGAGGCAAUGAGACUAAUCGGAGGAGCGCCUCGUCUCAAGACACACACGGAUUGCAUGAUGUCGCUGAACAUGUUGAAAUUGCCAGGCUUUAUUGAUGUGCACACGCACGUUAGAGAGCCGGGUAAUACGGAAAAGGAGGACUACAGCACGUGCACAGCGGCUGCUCUCGCCGGUGGAGUGACAAUGAUAUUAGCUAUGCCCAAUACGAAUCCAUCAGUGACCGACAGGAAGACUUUUGACAUGGUAAAGGAGAUCGCAAAAGCUGGAGCGAGAUGCGAUUUUGCGUGCUACGUAGGCGCAUCAUCGGAUAACUAUAACACUAUCAAUGAAUGUGCAAGUGAGGCGGCAGCUUUGAAGAUGUAUCUCAACCAGACGUACUCGAAGCUCCAAUUGACAGACAUGAUGGUGUGGCAGAAGCAUGUGGCAGCUUGGCCCAAACGUGCUCCACUGGCGGUUCAUGCUGAGAAGGCAGCAAUCGGUACGAUGAUCUUCCUAUCCAGUAUCGUCGAUCGUCCUAUUCAUAUUUGCCACGUGGCGAGAAAGGAGGAGAUUUAUCUCAUCAAGGCGGCCAAGGAGAAGAAUUUGAAAGUGACAUGUGAAGUGUGUCCUCAUCAUUUGUUCCUUAGCACAGAUGAUAUUCCACGAAUUGGAGAGAAAUUGGCUGAUGUGAGACCAGUGUUGUGCAGUCCGGAGGAUCAAAAGGCUCUGUGGGAUAACAUUGAUGUGAUUGAUGUGUUUGCUACUGACCACGCACCUCACACGCUCGAGGAGAAAUUGAAUUCGGAGAAGAGUGUUCCAGGCUUUCCUGGCCUUGAGACAAUUCUACCACUCUUACUGAACGCCGUGGCAGAAGGACGUCUGACGAUUGAAGACAUAGUCAAUCGCUUUCAUCGGAAUCCCAAGAGGAUCUUCAAUCUGCCUGAUCAACCGAACACGUACGUUGAAGUGAAUCUGGAUGAAGAGUGGGAAAUUCCCAAGCUCACGCGCUACUGCAAGUCACACUGGACACCAUUCUAUGGCAUGAAGAUCCGUGGGCGUGUGCACAGAGUGAUACUGCGUGGCGAGGUGGCGUAUGUGGAUGGUGAAGUGCUGGCACCGCCAGGAUUUGGUGAGAAUGUGCGAACAUGGCCGGUUAAGCCGUCUCUGGAUCCACAAUUGCCAGGUGCAUCGGAUGUUUGGGAUACUUCUGAUGUUCAAACCAAUGACAUUUUUUCGAAGUUGUUGGCUGAACCUAGGCACGAUCAUCAGUCUAGAUCACCGAUGCCGAGAUCUAGAUUGGAUUCAACUGGCGCGUAUCAUCAUCAUCAGCUAAACCAUGGUCUUGUUGGCAAGCACAUUCUGGCUUCGAGUAUGUUCUCCAAGGAGCAGCUCAAUGACAUUUUCAACUUAGCACAGAUCUUCAAGGGGAAGGUGUACAAGGAGCGUACAACUGAUGAUGUCCUUAGGGGAAAAGUUAUGGGUUGUGUGUUCUAUGAAGCGAGCACAAGAACUCACUCUAGCUUCACAACUGCCAUGCUCAGAUUGGGUGGUCAAGUUGUGUCCAUUGAUUCCACAAGUUCCUCUGUGACAAAGGGUGAGACACUUGAGGAUAGCAUCGCGACUAUGGCCGGAUACUGCGACGUGAUUGUUUUGCGUCAUCCGAAGCCUGGUGCAGCUGCCAGAGCGGGAGCAGUUUGUCGAAAGCCCAUAAUAAAUGCUGGCGAUGGAGUUGGUGAGCAUCCAACUCAAGCUCUCUUGGAUAUCUUUACCAUUCGUGAGGAGAUUGGAACAGUGAAUGGAUUGACCAUCACGAUGGUUGGUGAUCUGAAGAAUGGUAGGACUGUUCACUCCUUGGCCAGGCUCUUGACACUCUACAAUGUUCAGCUCCGCUAUGUGAGCCCACCGAGUCUCGCCAUGCCAGAUCACAUUGUGGAGUUUGUGUCUGCAAAGGGAAUCACGCAGAAGACGUACACGUCCCUCAAUGAUGUGCUGCCGGACACAGAUGUGCUCUACAUGACACGUAUACAGAAAGAGAGAUUUUCAUCUGAGCAAGAAUAUGAGAAGGCUUGUGGUCACUUCAUUGUGACUCCACAGGUGAUGACGGCUGCUAAGAGGAGGAUGAUCGUGAUGCACCCUUUGCCACGUGUCGGAGAGAUCAGCGCUGAGUUUGAUAGCGAUCCUCGAGCUGCGUACUUCCGCCAAGCCGAGAACGGACUGUAUGUCCGAAUGGCUCUUAUUGCCAUGGUUUUGGGCCGCUUCUAAAGUGAGCCUC